CUCAACUUCUAUCCAUUUCGUCUGCUUAUCGGGAAUGUGAAGCCCGAUCUUGAAAUGAAACCAUUGUGCUUGGAUGCAGGCACACCAACAUGAGGUCCGCAAUACUAUGCGUUCUUGAUGGAUGCCCACUUCACAUUUUGACGUCGGAUUUUCAAUGCCUCGCUUCUCGCACCUUGACCAAAUCAGAACAUGUGCAAGCUGUAGCGUGGGGGUUUCGUGACCUUUGAUUGUGCAUCAGACUCGCUUAGUACACCAUUCACAAUGGCGACGGUACGUCCCAUGCGUGCUGACGACCUCUUCAACUUCAACACCUGCAAUCUAGACCACCUGACAGAGACCUACAACACCUCGUUCUAUCUAGAAUACCUGGCGAAGUGGCCGCAUCUAUGUAGGGUCAUUGAGGGCCAUGAUGGUAGAAUUGAAGGAUACAUUCUAGGCAAGCUUGAAUCGUCGCCGUAUGGCGCACCCAAUCCACCGUACGAUCCAAGUACCAACACAAACCCCAACUAUCUCCCUUGGCACGGGCACAUAACUGCGCUUACCAUCUCUCCCUCGGCGCGCCGCCUUGGCUACGCGACUCUCCUCACUGCAGCGUUGGAGCAACAAAGCGACGCGCACAACGCCUGGUUCGUUGAUCUUUUCGUCCGGGCAGAGAACAAGGUUGCACAGCAACUGUACAAGGGAAUGGGGUACUCGGUCUGGAGGCGGGUGGUUAGCUACUACGCCGAUGAUGAGGACGCCUUUGACAUGCGGAAACCAUUGAGCAGGGACAAGUAUAGAAAGACGAUUCGAGAAGACGGCGAGAAUCAGCUGGUCGAUCCAGCUGAAGUGUGGUAGACGGGUCAUUUUGGACAAGAAGCCCUUCGUGGCACGGAGCAGGCUUGCAUUCGCUAGAUACGUAUGCGAGAGGCGCCGAAGCGUCCCGUGGUUAGUGCUGCGAGUAGAUGAUGGGCUCAUGCCGAUCGUGUUGUCAAGUACGCAUGGCAAGCGGGUGCAUCCUGAGUUUGGUACAUUGUGAAGAUGGUUCGAAGCUGUACAUUCCUCCGGAAUUCUCGAAGCCCAAAAGAACUUGGCUUACUGCGGCCUCCACAAUGCUUCGAUUUGCCUCGCUCGUAAGUAAACAUAAAAAGCGAGACAGUACUCAAUACUAUAUUUUCGUUACAUUCCCUUG